AUGCUGUCAUGCUCCAGUCGAUACUCGGGGCGGGAAACGUUUCCACCUGCAGCCUCCACGAAUAGCGGGGAAUACCAAGCUUUCUCGCACAGCCCUAUCUAUUACCACUAUCAGCUCUGGUCAGGGGUGGCUGAAUCCUCACAGGCUAGAAACACCAAAAGUACCGUAGGCUACUCCAU